UCCUGCUAAAAAAAUCAAGAUGGUUUCAAAAUUGUUCCCCAUACUCUUCAUACUUCCGGCGAUCUACGCUAAAAUAGAAGUGGAAAUCACCGCUAACAAUAACGAAAUCAAGGAUGUCCAGCUAACCGGCGGCUUCAUGGCUAUCUUAGGCGAAAAGGACAAAUUCACAUUCGGUCUUACAGAAGAAAAUUUAAAGAAAGCAUUAACUAAAAUGGGAAUGAAUCCAGACGACAUGUUCUUCAACAGUCCCACGCCUUGGGGAGACUUAUUCGAAACGUUAAACUGGGAACCAACGAGGAUGUUCUUUGAACCGAAGAAAGCUAGCAUUUUAUCUACAAACUCCGAACAAGUUUUGAUUAAAUCGAAAAACAUUCGCAACAAAAACACCGAACCGAUAACUCUUAAGGUAGACAUGAAACAAUUCGUUAAGAAUACUGUAUCGUCAAAAUGGAGCAAAGAGGGCGAUUUGGAAGUUGGCAAUAUCCUACACAAAUUCAACUUGAGCAUGCCAGAAACUGAAGAUUUCACGUUCAUUUCAAAUGGACUUGAAGAUGUGGAGAAAUUUGUACCAAUGACUCUUGGGGGUGUGUCUGAAAUAAAUCUGAAACCGAAGCAAGAUGUUGUCGCAGAACUAUACGCUACGGCUAAGCACACGAUGGUAAGAGUGGAUUUCGAGACCAGACUAACUGGAAACGUAGCUAUGAACUUCGAGAAAAAAUUCGAAGGCCAUCGUUUCUGGUCUGUUGAUAUCAACAACCUUUUAACAGCCGGAGAAUUGAAGAAAGUUAUGCAUUUCUCUGAGAUUAUUGAAGUUGUACAUUUCACAGAACCUAAGAUCUUGGUUAAGGACGCAACGACAGGCGAAGAGAUAUUUUCAGUUCCCUUAAAUAUGUCUUGAUUUUGCCGUAAAUAAAUAUUUUA